GAUCAGAAGGACCGGCCGCAGAGAGCAACAUAAUGUUCACUCCAUGAGACUACAGCGCGCGUAGUGGACAAUCUCAGUGCUGCAGGGGAUCAUUAGCUCCCCGAAAGUGAAAGCAUUCUGAAUCAGGAAGUGUCGGGAGUUAACAUGGCUUCGAAAGGACCGGCCGAGAGUUUGAGCGAGGAGCUAAUUUGUCCUGUCUGCCUGGAUUUCUUCACCGAUCCGGUUACACUGGAGUGUGGACACAACUUCUGUCGCUCUUGUAUCACACGGUAUUGGGAAAGGGAGCGGAGAAACUCCUGCCCGGAAUGUAGAGAGGUGAUUGCUGACCGCACCCUCAGGGUGAAUCGGGCCUUAGCAAAUCUGGCUGAAAAAGCUCGAAAUCUAAACCUGUAUCCGAAAGGGAAGGAAAGUAAACGUCACUGCGAGGAACAUGAGGAAGAACUGAAGCUGUUUUGUGUAACGGACAAGACACUGAUCUGUGUGAUCUGUGCAGUGGCGGAGGAACACAGAGAGCACCGCUUCAGGCCGAUUAAAGAAGCUGUUAAAAUCUACACGGAUCAGCUAAAAUCUUCCUUAGACUCUCUCACAAAAAAGAUAUUAGACUUCCAGGAAAAGGAGCAGCAACAGAAAGAGAAGAUUUCCGGAGUUCAGGAACAGUCACACAGCCUUCAGUCCCACAUCACAUCCCAGUUUGCUGAACUGCGCCAGAUUAUCACUGAGAAAGAGCAGAGCUUACUCAGGGAACUCAGGGAAGAAGAGAAGAGGAUUCUCAAUCCAAUGGAGAAAAAUCUUCGGGAGAUUCAAGAGAAUAUAAGGAUUAUUCAGGAGGAAAUCUCAAAGUUAAAGGAACAGAUGGAUCAAAAAGACAGUGUGAUGUUUCUCAAGGAGGAAGCUCGUCGGAACAGGAGGAUUAAUGAUGAUAUCCAGGAAUUAUCAGUGACAGAUGAGACCCUAUCGGUUGAAAAAUUCGAUCACCUCUAUUUGUUGAACACAGUGCUGAGAGAAACGCUUGAUGCUAUUAAUCGAGUAUCUGUCACCCUGGAUGUGGAAACGGCGGGUCCGUAUCUCGAGGUGUCUGAGGAUCGGAAGAGUGUGAGAUGGACCCGGACCGUGACCUGGAGGAAUCUCCCUGACACCGGGAAGAGAUUCACACACUGGGCUUGUGUGCUGGGAUCAAAGGGAUUCACAUCGGGGAGACAUUACUGGGAGGUGGAGGUGACGGGGAAUCGGGACUGGUUUCUGGGAGUCGCUGUAGAGUCUGUGGAGAGGAAGAGAGGGGUUAGUCUGAGUACGGAGACCGGAUUCUGGGUCAUCAGGCGGUAUUAUGACGUGUUACAUCGGGAUUGUGACGUGUUCGGUGGUCCCCCCUCCCCUGAGUCCCGUCUCACUGCCGGUCCCAUCCCCGGGAGGGUGCGAGUUUAUCUCAGUUACGAGUCCGGGACAGUUUCAUUUUACAACGCGGAGACCAAGUCCCAUCUCCACACCUUCACUGGGAAUAAAUUCACGGGGAAACUUUAUCCUUUCUUCGCGGCCUGGGAUGAAAACCAGUGGCUGAGAAUCUGCUCCGGUUCAGCUCCGGGUCUGUAAAUGGGUCGGGUCCCGGGACCGGUGUCAGGAGUAAAGUCCCUGUAAAUAUAAAUGUGCGGAGAGUGCAGCUAAAUACAUGGCUAAGGAGAUGGUGAGGAGGGAGGGCUUCAUGUUUCUGGACAAUUGGGCUUUGUUCCCUGGAAGAUGGGACCUGU